UAAAUCUCGUUUAGUAUUCGUUUCAAGAGAGGUUAGGUUCCUCUGUUGUAUAUUUUGAAUAUUUGUAAACUUUCGAGAUUUCGCAGAGAAAUUUUCCUAUAAUACUUUAUUAAUAAUUAAUAAUCACGCAAAUAUGGAUAACGAUAAAAGCACUAUGCUAGCUGUUUUACAGCUCUUGAAGAAGUACAAUUUAAAAGGAACUGAAGAAUUGUUUAGAAAAGAAGCUAAUCUCACAGAUAUCUCAGCUGAAGAAGCUCAGCAAACUGAUUCCGAGGUGACUAGUGUUCUUUCUGCUUACAAGAGCGAGGGAGAUCCUGCACAGUAUGAGAAAGCAUACAGUGAAUUGAAAAAAUUUGUAGAAGGAGCUUUGGACAUUUAUAAGCAUGAACUGGGAACCAUAUUAUAUCCAGUCUUAGUACAUAUGUAUCUAGAAUUAGUUUAUAAUAAUCAUUCUGAAGAGGCAAAACAGCUUAUGGAAAAAUUCAGUGGAAAUUUAGAAGAAUAUUAUCAAGAUGACUUAAAAAGAUUAUCCAAUGUAACAAAACGAGAGCAAAUGGCAGGGAAUGAAUUAACUGAUACUUUUAAAUCCAAUCAGUUCAUAAUUAGAAUGUCAAGAGAUACGCUUUCUAUAUUAAAACGACAUUUGCAAGAGAAGAAACAUAGUGUUUUAUUGAACAUUAUACAGGAACAUCUUUACUUUGACAUGUAUGAGGGUGUUGCUCGUAAUAAAGAACAGAUAGAUGCAACAUCUGGAGCUAUGGUGGGCGAAGCUACUAGACAAGAUAACAAGGCUAAAGUCUAUUAUGGACUUUUAAAGGAACCAGAUAUUCAGUGUGUAGCGCCAGCCGAAGAAGAAGAGGAUGACACAGGUGGUGGAGAUGGAGAUAAACCAAAAAAGAAAAAAGCUAAGAAGGAUCCUUUGUUUUCAAAAAAAACCAAAUCAGAUCCAAAUGCACCACCUGUCGGCAGAAUGCCAUUACCUAAUCUGAAAGAUGCAGAUAAACUUGAAAAAGUUAAGGCAUUGAGAGAAGCAUCAAAAAGAGUUAUUCUGGGACCUGAUACACUACCAUCUAUAUGUUUUUAUACAUUGCUAAAUACAGUUCAUACUGUAACGGCGGCAGAAGUAGCAGAAGACUCAAGUUUAUUAGCUAUUGGAUUCAGUGAUUCUGGUAUAAAAGUUUGGAGUUUAGUUCCACAAAAAUUGAGGUUGAUGAAGACUGGUGAACAAUUAGCGGAAGUCAAGCAAGAAUCAGAGGAUGUACUGGUUAGAAUGAUGGAUGAUAGAACAUCUGAAACUACAAAAAAUCUUUAUGGUCAUAGUGGACCAAUUUAUAGCCUUUCAUUUAGUCCAGAUAGAAAUCUUUUGCUUUCAUCGUCAGAAGAUGCUACAAUAAGGCUCUGGUCACUCCAUACAUGGACAUGUGUCGUGUGUUACAAAGGCCACCUAUUUCCCGUAUGGUGCGUAAGAUUUUCACCGCACGGUUAUUAUUUUGCGAGUGCUUCGAACGAUAAAACUGCCAGACUAUGGGCAACUGAUUCUCAUCAACCAUUACGAAUAUUUGCUGGCCAUUACUCAGAUGUCGAUGUAGUCCAGUUUCAUCCAAAUUCGAAUUACGUCGCAACUGGUUCGAGCGAUAUGACUGUGAGAUUAUGGGAUUGUGUGACUGGUAGUCAAGUUCGAUUAAUGACCGGACACAAAGGGCCGAUUUUUUCUUUAGCUUUUUCAACAGAAGGACGAUUUUUGGCUUCAGCCGGUGCCGAUCAUCGCGUACUCGUAUGGGAUCUAGCGCAUGGUCAUCUUGUCGCAGCCUUGUCAGGCCAUACGAAUAAUAUUCAUUGCCUGUCGUUUAGUCGAGACGGCAAUAUUCUCGUCUCAGGAUCCUUAGACUAUGCACUGAAAUUAUGGGAUUUCACAAAGUUAGCAGAGGAGAUGAGCCUAGAAGAUGUGAAUGUUUCGCACAAUCCAGAUGUGAAAACUAAUGCAGAGUCUUAUUUGUUGCGUACUUUUGGUACAAAAAAUACAUCCGUUCUGACAAUACAUUUUUCACGUAGAAAUUUAUUGCUGGGUAUCGGUAUGUUCGAUUCUACAUAAUUUAUUAUGACUCAGAUUCAUUGUUUUAUAUGUAUAGAGUAUUCAAAUUAUAUAUUAAGCAUAUCAUAAAUUAUAUUAAGUGUAAUAUAAUUGAAGCAUUAAUAAAUCUUUC